UUGCAGGAGUGGCCCGCCUCUAUGGAGAGAGAAACAACGACACAGAAAAUGUCGAUAAAGACGUAAAGAAAACAAACAAAAGACAAAGAGUAUACAGAUUUUGAUAAUAUUCUACAAAAACAUUUUAAAAUAUCAUCGAUCCAAGGCAGUAUGACGGAGGAAAAAAAGUUAUCAUUAAUAUGGUGAUCAUUAAUAAUGUGACGAUAUUCUACAUCACUGCUGAGUCAAUGUGCUUGCAACAAACAGUGUCAAAGGGUGCAGUAAAGAAGUCUCCAUAUGGUACAAAGGAACCUAACAGUACACCCCAAAAGAAAAAGGCUAAACAAGACUUCAAAGAACCACAUUCUAAAUAUGAAUCUGGCAGGGAUAAAGAACCAAAGAAGACGAGAGAUUUAUCAGCCUCUCGUACAACAAAAGAAAGGUCCCAAAAAGAAGACCUCAAGGCAAGAUCUUCAGUCAGAGAAAAAUUAGCAAUAUUAAAAAGUGAAUCAGAGAAAACAAAGGGAUCAGUUAAAGAUGUGAAGCAGGAUAGAGUCAGACCAAGGGAAUCUCAGCCCAGCAGCCAUGUUACCAAGGAAACAAAUAGCAAAAACAUAAAACCUGGGUCAGUAAAAAGUCAGACCCCAGUAAGGAAUCUAACAACUGGAGAUGCAGCACCUCAUAGUACUCAGAUGUUGUACCGUACUUCCCGCACUACAGAGAAACCAAAAAUAAACAGUACCUCUAAAGGAAAUUUGAAAAAGAACACAGUCACCCCUUUAGGUGCACAAACAAGGAGAUCAAUUAGUAGACAUCAAGUAAACACACAGAAAGAUGUAGCAAAAACAGAAAAAUUACCUAACAAAAUGAAACACCCAGAAGGGAGAGAACAAAACAGAAAUCAGGGUCGGCAGACAGAAAGGGUCAACGAACCAAACAGAUUGGGUCGAGAUCGCACACGGACUAGGACUUUGAGUCCACAAGAGGUGAAGGUGGCAAAAAGUUACACUGAGGGAGGGACAGUGGAGAGUGAGAAGCUGAGAGAAGACCAGAAGUACUUGGCUGAGAACGUCGCAGCCAUCUCUGCUGCAGCCACGGAAGCAUCUGGUUCUCAGUCCCUUGUUCAGGCGAGCAGCGACAAACAUAGGGAACCACAAGAUGAUGAUGGAGGCUGUGAAUAUGAAGAUGAUUUUGAGGAUUAUGAAUCAGAUUUUGAAGACAGUGCCGAUUCUGACGUGUCUGAUGAAGGAGCUGACAUUGGAAAUUAUGACAGUAGCAGUAAUGGUGAUAGUGAGUCAGAGCUUGUAGAACUCACACCCAGACAGCAUCCAUUUGGGGAAGAAGAGAAGAAAUUAGACUCUGGCAACUAUGACUUGGCUGAACAGAGGCGGAAAGGCAGAGAAAUGCAAGAAAUCAAGAUGGCAUUGGGCAGAGAGAAUGAAACAUUGUCUGCUCAAGAGAGGAUGAAAUCCCACGUGGUAGAUGCUCGUCUUCUGCCAACUGAUGAGGGUUAUGUAGAAGGAAAAGCAGAUGAUCAAAAACAUUUCUCCACAACAGUUACACCCUUAAAUUUCAUCAAUUUUGCCAAUGCAAGGAAAAGAAAACAAGAAAAAAUGGCAAAUGCAACUACUAAAAAGAGAGGAGAGAAACUUCUGGACAUGAUUCAACUGGAUACAGUCAGUUUCACUUUAUUUGAACUUUCUCCCGUUCCAUACGAAGUUUAUAUGAAGAGCUAUGGUUGCUCAAACACUCUGCAGGCUCAUGUGCAGACUAACGAAGACAAUCUCUCUGAGGAAGUUCAAACUGAUGAAAUACGCUAUAAGAACAAGUGGACUCAGAAGCCAGUCUCUUUUCAGACCAAAAAUGUCAAGAGCUCAGUGGAUGAAGUUACUAUAUUUUCACAGGAUCAUCUUGGAGUUGGUGGAGAUUCAGUGGAAGAUGAUACUGAUUCUUGGAAAGAGAGACUAAAUAUUGAUACAUUGAGAUUGAGCCAGUUUCUUUCAUCUGCUGGACAAGUUGUUUCAGUGUUACUGGAAGAAGGAGAAACGGUGAAUGCUAACAAGUUCGAUAGAAAUAUGAAGGAUAUUCCAUUUAGUGAUGGUUAUAUCUCUCUUGGUUUGGCAUCUGUUCCAUUUUUAGCUGACAGACCUGUUACAAUUAUUCGCUUUCCACGUCAUCGUUCCAACCUGUUACUUACUGUCCAUAAAAACGUAAUAUUUGAGGAUAGGCAGACAGAACAUUUUUCACCGUGUCGAAGCAUGAUAGCCAUAUGGAGUAUUCUUGAACCAUCCUUACCACAGAAGAUUCUUGUGGCUGCUCAUGAAAUCACCGCUAGUUGUUUUAAUGCAACUACAGCCAACGUAGUGUUUGCGGGACAGGAAGAUGGAUCACUAUGUGUAUGGGACUUGAGAGAGAAAUCGCAUUAUCACAAGAAGGUUGAAACUGAACAUGGGGAAUGGGUGUUGCGAUCACCAACCUACAACACAGCUGCGAUUUUGAAAGAUAAAGGACAUCUUUCCAAGGUUGUUGCGUUACAGCCAUUGGUUGGAACUGAAGUGGAAUCUGAUAUACAUGAAAAAACUGAAGUUUCACCAACUCAGAUUUGUAGUUUGGAUGAGGGAGGUAAAAUCAUCAUAUGGACGGUGAUUCAAAGUUAUAAGCAAGAUCAUCAGAAAGGAAUACUACACCAAGAUCUUGGACUGGCUCACUGGGGCCGAGUUCGCUUGGUGUGUAGUUCUGCCUUUUCACUUAUGGACACCAUCUCAUUAGACCAUCACUUAUGCUUUAAUCUGAUGUGUUUUGACUUGCAACUUGAUGGCCGUGAUCAUGAUCACCUUUAUAUUGGGACUAAUACAGGAUAUGUGGUGCAUAGUUUGAAAAAUGGUGGCAAGCCUAGACCACAGUUUUAUGUGCCAAACUGGGGUGAAUUUACAGAUGUGAAGUGCAUAGAACCCUGUCCAUUUGGAGAACCUUACUUUAUAAUUGGCUGUGGAGAUGGGACAGUAAGGCUUCAUUCCCAGACUUCAGAGAAACCCCUUGCAACAAUGGCAGGAACAGGUGAUCCUAUUAGCGAAGGGCCAUCUGUUGUUUCUCUUCAGUGGUCUCGAUCUAAGCCCUUAAUCUUCUUUGUUUUAGACUCCUCCUCAAGGAUUCACAUUUGGGACUUCAGUAAAAGUGACAUUCGUCCAGUGCACACAUUGUCACUUGGAACUGUGACGGCUAUUCAGUUGUCGGCGGAAAUAGGUGUUGCGAAGACUAGUCCCCACCUGGCUCUUGCAACUGGUCCUGGGCAAGUUGAAAUUCACCGGUUAAGACAAGAAUUCUACAGCCAGACGUCAGACGAAGUCAACAGAGAGCUUGAAAAGUUUAUGCAAUAUAUGAGUAUAUUAUAACACUGACCACACUUCUAUAGAAUGCACGAUACAUGUUUGAAGUACACAGAUUAUUGUUAAUUCUGUUAUAGUUUCCCAGCGAUGUUUGUUAGUGACGGGUACAGUGCGGCUGAACAGUAUUUAAAAUGUAGAUAGAUCGCUUUUAUAUGUAGCAGCAUAAUCUAGUAAGCUCAUGCUUUCAUGUAGUUAAUUAACGAUGAUCUUAGGUAAUCAGAAACCUGACUCAUUGUCAAGCAAAAUAUUUGUUUCUUUAUGUCACAACAUAACUUACAUAAUGCAUGAUCUCGAGCUUUCACGGUGACUAUCUGCAAUAAAAUCCUCUGUUGCCUUAUCCAAUACUUUCAAACGGCUGGAUAAGUCGGCGGUAGCAGAACGCAACUUCAACACGGGGCACCGUAUCGACUUUAGCAGUACUUCAGUAUCGGAUAAGGCAACGAGCCACGUGAACCGCAUCGUGAAAGAGGCAAUUGAAAUCUGAUUGAAUACUGCAAAUAUCAACAGAGACGGAGGUUUUAUGCUGAGCGUGGCCUGGUUUCCAGUGUGGAAUAUGUUGUCUAACCGGUAAGCUGAGCAUAACGAGGCGAGCUCGUGGGGACUGGAGCAGGUAUAUAUAUGAUACGGUGGAGAGCCCCAACCACUUCGGUGCCCUGAGGACGAGGACAGAGAUGGACCUUAAAACGUUGGUCUUUUCAUGUUUUAACCGCUUGACGCGGCUGACAGCCCGAGAGGAUUUUAUUAUAACUUACACACACACACACACAAUGUAAGGAUUUUUAUCCAAGUGUCUCAAGUCUCAUUCUUCCAAAAUCAAAGACGUCAUCUUUCUUGUUAAAUGUAUAUCAUAAUCCAGUAUUUGUUUCUUUGUUAGGAAGUCUUUAUCAGAUGUGAAGCUUUCACGGCGGCUUUCGUUAAUAAAGUCUUCUCGGGCUAUCAGCCGCGUUAGAUGGUGAUUAAUCGCCGACGUUUCGAGGACCAUCUCUGUCUUCAUUUUCAAGGCUGUUGACUGUGUGGCUCGUAGCUACUCUAUUAAAGUGUUUAUCAGUUUCUUGUGUGUAUUCCCUUUUAGUCUGGAAUUUAUUUUGUGUUUUGAGAUGAUCAAAGAAAGAAACUCGUCUUGCCAUCUCUAAAUGAUUUUAUGUCUUAGGUUGCGUAUUGAAAGUUAGCUGCAAAUUGAGGAUUAGCCUCUGAUCACUGUAUUCUAGUGAGGAGCUUUAUUCGCAGCCACGUGAAGGGUCCGAGAGCAUAUGCGGGGCAUCAUAUACGUCUGGCUGUUUAAGUGUGGUCUCUAGGCCUUUUGAAGUAGUACACAGAUGGUUAACUGCGCUCUUUGCAGACUGUAUUUUUGUGUAACGUGCUCAAUCGUCCUGCCACUUUGUUCCUGUGCGAGGGUACAAAUGUCACUAAAAGUGCUCUUAUAAUUUGCUUAAAAAUAAGAAAACUGAUAUGGAAACAUGAACCACGUUGUCUUCACUUGCGAUGUGAACGACCAUACUAGUUUAUGGAAUAUGGGCCUGAAAAGUGAAAUAUAGUGUAAUUGGUGUUCUCUGAUAUGACUGGGUUUUUGUUUUAUCCCAGAAUAUUGGUUUUCUAGUCUCAAUGUAUUUUUUAUUUACUUCACAUUCUAUUAAUAUGUAGGAAGAUAGAUUAUUCUGCAUCUUUAUCAUUUUUAGUAAACAUUAUUAAAUAAAGAUUAUACAUCUCUUGCAUCUUUGUACAUCACGUCCAAAUCGAACCAAAGAAUUUAGAAUUUAAAGUAAUUUUAUAUUUGUUUGUAGGUGUAUCUUACAAAUAAAAUGUGAUCCGUCCGUUGAUGUUUGUCAUAUGAACCUAGUUUGUUAGUAUGUUGCUACUGUAAAAUUAAAAUGUACAUGUACAAUUCAUGAAUAGCAAUAAAAAUAAUUAAACAACAUUAA